AUGGAGGCGUCCGCCGCGCCGCCACCGGCGCCGGCGCGGCCGCCGGGGCCCGCCGCGCCGCCACCGGCGCCGGCGCGGCCGCCCCGGCGGCCGCAGGUGCUCAAGGGCUGCCUCGCGCUCGCCGGCGCCGCGGCGCUCGGCGGCCUCGCGGCCUACGCCGUGGCGACGAGUCGGCACCCCUCGGACGCCGCGGGCGUCGGGGACGGCGCGACGUCCGACGCCGAGGCGUCCCUCUUCUUCGACAGUUUAGAUAGUGAUGCCGACGGGCAGAUCGAGCGCGACGAGCUCGAGUCCUACGUCGGCGGCGCCAUCGGCGGCCACGUGCUCGACAGCGCCGCGGAGAUCGCCGACGGCGUCGCGUCGAUCUUCGAGAACGCGGACGCGGACGCGGACGCCCAGCUCAGCGCGACGGACAUGCGCGCCUACUGGAAGGCCCUGGGGAGUUUGUUAUCCGUGCGCGAGGUCGCCGCGUGGGUCGAGCACGCGGUGCAGCUGCCGCGCGACAUCGCGGACAAAUUCGUCGACGCCGGCGUCUCGGGCUACGACUUCGCGGAGCUCGCGCGCGACGUCUCCGAGCGGGGCGCCCUCAAGACGGAGGUCGGCGUGCGCACGCAGCGGCAGCGCGCGACGCUCGCCCGGGCCAUGCGCAUGCGGCUCACGGGCGUGGGCGAUCCGCCGGCGUCGCCCGCGCCGCUGUCCAUACUGGGCGGCGCCAAGUGCACGUCGGCGCACCUGGCCUGGACGGCGGCGGACGGCGGCGGCUUCCCGACGCACAAGUACGUGCUGGAGCGGCGCGCGAAGCGGGAGGGCAUGGCCUGGGAGGUCGUGGGCGACGGCUACUUCCACGAGUUCAGGGACGAGCGGUUGAGGCCGGGCGUCGGCUACGACUACCGCGUGGCCGCCUGGAACGCCAUCGGCCGCGGGCCCUACGCAACGGCGUCGGCGUCGUCCGCCCAGCGCGAGGCCUGCGACCCCCUCGAGUACCUCGGCGCGAUGGCUUUAGCACCUCUCUUCUCGCUGCUCCGGUCCGCGGUGUUUCUCGGGCAGCUGCUCCUGAGCGGCAUCGUGCUGUUCCUCGCGGCGCUGCGCCUCGUCGACGCGGGCGCGGGGGACGCGGACUACCACCCCGUGUUCCGCGCGCUGUGGACGCUGUGCCGCGUCGUGACGGACUACGUGCCCUUCGCGCGGGACCUGCUGUUAUUGGUGGACCCGGCGCUCGGCCGCGUCGAGGUCCCGGAGUUGAGGGAGCGGCGGACGCCGGGCGAGAGCGACCACGCCCUCGUGGGCACGUCGCCCGCGACGCUGCCGCCGGAGAUGUCGGCGCCCGCGCGGCGCGCGUCGUCGCUGAACCGGCGGAGCCGGAGCCCGCCGCUCACGCGGUCGUCGUCCGCGGGCUCGCUGGGCGACGACCGCGAGCGGCCGUCGGACGCGGCGUGCUCCCAGUGCGGCAAGCCCUUCAUCACGGGCUACCGCACGCGCCACUACUGCUACGUCUGCGCGGCGUCCUUCUGCAAGCGCUGCGGCGUCGUCAAGCACUCGAACAUGGUCACGUGCCCCGUGGGCGCGCGCUGCGCCUGCGCGCGCUGCGCGCACGACCAGCCGGCCCUGGGCCGACUGCCGAGCCGGAGCCCGGAGCCGCCGACGCGCGAGCUCGCGGGCGGCGCGCCCCCUAAGACCCAGUCGUUCAGCUCGUUGACGCGCGCGUCCUCGCCGACGACGCCGACGGCGACGGCGCCGCCCGAGAAGUUCGACAGGUCCCAGCCCGUGGCGCCGAAGAGCGUCGGGCGCAAUAAGAACUCGUCGUCGUCGUAG